AUGUCACUAAAUCUUCCAAUCAUUUCUGGCCUCUUGCCGGAAGGAAAGAAUGCGUUGAUACCUCGAACGUCCAAUCUGGUGCCGGACUACGUAUCAUUUGUUGUGAGUUGGCUAUACGAUAAGGAUGUGGGCGACGUAGAAACGCAUUGGACAGGAUUGAACAAAGAACCGUUAUCGAUGACAUCUGUCAGUCGUGUCCGAUUCGAUGCCACUUGUCGCAUUUGUCUGCAAAAAUAUCGCAUACAAGCACUGAAUGUAUGCGAAAGCAGUGCAGCUACAUGA